UAUACGCCACCUGUUGGCGAUUAGAUAUCAUAUAAUAUUAAUAUUUUCCUCUGAUCUAUAAUAGAGAAUUAUUAUUAUUAUAUAUAGAUCAGUGAUAGUGUCUCGUUUUUGAUUCUUUAUCGAUAAUAUGAUUGAUACUCGCCAUUAAUGAUUCUAAAAUGCUAUGUAAAUACUUCUCAGUGUUCAUUAUGUUGAAAAGUGAAUUAAACAGGAAUUAUUAUGGAAACAAGACAGUCCAAUAAAAUGCGUUCUAGACUGCUGUCUUAAUUAGAUUGGUUUGUCUUAUUUGCAAAGCACAACUGAUUGGUAGAGCUUUCAAAACAAAUUUCCCCACAGCAACCUUUGAAGUACUAUCUAGUCCCUUUUCCUUUUUCCUGUGAAAACUUUGGAUUUUACCUGAGAGAUUUCAUGUGUUUCACGAUCACGCUAUUCCAGUUUUUGGCCCACUUUUGUCUUUUUUUGUACUGUUCACGAUGUUUUUCUAUCCUACGGUACUCAAUCAUAGGACCGGGUGCUUUGCCACGAUUUGGUUGGCGGCCACUAAAGGACGGAAGAUCAGUCGAAGAGAUCUGCUCAAAGUCAAUGUCCAGCGCACUUGCUGUGACAUCAUGGAUUACGUGUUGGUCAGAGUCCCGCCCCCUGUAUCAGGAUUGCCCCGCCCACGUUUCUCCCUGUACCUGUCCUCUCAGCUGCAGUAUGGAGUGGUGCUUGUCUACCACAGACAGUGUGAAUUUUUGUUAGAGGACACUCAGGGGGCAAUAGAUAGAUUGCUCCGCCUUAACUUGAAGUCCAACAUUGAUAUGGGGGAUGAAGAAACCAGGCAGAGUCACAUGAUCCCAGAUGCUGCUGCACUAUUUGAUGAAACAGAGGGAGCGAGGGAUCCAUUCUUUGGAGUUAUGGAGACUGGUUAUGGCCUGCCAAGUCCAAGCAGCCUCAUCCAGCGAAUGGAAGAGGUCUUACCUGAGCAAGUCCCGCCCACUAGAGAACCAACACCACCUUCAGAUGGCAUCACGGCCAGCCAGGAGUCCAUCACCCUGACAGAAAGAGAGCCAGUCGUCAUGCCUGAGCCAGAGUUUGAAGGAGCAGAUCUGCAGGAGUCUGACAUGAUCGAGCUACUGCUGGAGCAGCCGGAUCACUUUCUUGAGCGUGAGUGAUGGCAACAUGCUGUUUUCAUUCACACCCUUAAUUAUGUGCAGUAAUUAUCCAGAUCCAGAUUACACAUGCACAGACUAAAUGUACAACUCACACGAAACAUGUUCAUAUUUCACCCUGAAAUCAAUUAAUGUUAUGAAAAGAAUUUAAAUAUUCAUGCUUUUCAUAAAAUAUAUUUUUAUUAAAAUUAUUAUGUUUAAAUUGUGACAUUA